AUGAUAUGGUGCUACUGUAGUAUAUUUAACGUGGCAUUAGGCCACACCAGGAGAAGCAACAGGGUCCAUCCGGUUCCCCAGUCCUCCUACGUGUCCCCUCGCCAGCCCCCGGACGUCCUCGUCCCCACGGUGGACAGAGCAGAGAUCAGUGACGGCGUGUUUGGAGACGCUGAGAGUCAGGAGACCAUGAGCAGCGAGGUCGUCUCGGAGCCAUCUCGGUACAGCCAAUCGCGCGACUGCAAGGCCGCUCGGACCAUACUGUUAAUUGCAGUGGCAUUUCUCACGUGUUGGGUGCCUUAUUUCAUAGUAGCUGGCCUGCAGGUGUCCGGUAACACAGUAGACGACGUGGUUGUUACCACUGCUACCUUGCUGGCGCACUGCUCGAGUGUUUUGAACAUUGUCAUCUAUGGAUAUCUUAACAAAUACUUGAGGAUUGAAAUGUUCAGAUUACUGAAACAGAUGCGCCAAAACAGGAGCCAUGACAGUACAGCAGUGGUGAACAUAGAGAGCGAAGAGAAUGCUUCGACUACAUUCACCACCCUGUCUUCGCUUAAGCUUGCCUACAUGCCACGCGGGGGGACGCCUAGACCCAAAAUGAAAGCAAAAAGAGACGCGCCCCUGAACUCUGAUAUUCACGCCAUUGAAGAGCUCGCUGAGGACUCGAAAUCAAGCACGCGCUGCUUGCAAAUACGCGUCCAGUGCUCUGACAGCGCAGAAAACACUGCCCCGGGGCCUCUUGGCACUGGUCUGAACAGUUCCCAUGGCGACACAGACCUCGCAGUCUCUCCAAAGCCGAAGUGCUGUGUCACGUGGCAAGACAAGACAAAAAAUGAUGUGAAAACUAAAGGGGGCUUGAUCCUAACCCCGCACUUUUAUAUGGACGAAGAAAGCACUGCCAAUGAUGGCAGUUACUUUGAUGACGUCAUAGCUGGGAACUCGUCUCCGGCUGUAUCAACGGGUGAUCUGUGUUGAUGACGUCACGUGUUGAGGACGUACCAGAUGUAAAUUAGGACCCUCUCCCCCAAAAAGAGGUAAAAUAUAGUAUUUAAGGCAACACGAGUUAACACAAACACGUGACCUUCUUUAAGUUCUCACUAAUCCCUGUAAAUCAUAGUAAAAUUAUCAUAUUUUCCUAUUAUAUAUAUAUAAAAGCAAAAAGAGACGCGUGUGUGUUUGCGUGUGUGUGUCUAACAUCUUGACUUUCUUGGCAGAGCCCGAUCCCACUAUUGUGAUAUUGUUUGUGUUAUCAUUAGAGUUUCCCUUAUGUAAGUCAAUAAAUAGUAAAUAGUCACGAUAGUCUUGGGAAUAUUUCCGUUGUCAUGGUAACUUUCAAUAUCGCGCAUUGUGAUUUAUUUUCAACUACCGGUUGAUACUGUAAUUAGUGUAUCCGGCAGCUUAAUACCCUUACAGGAAGUUUAUGCACAUCCUGUUGUUGUAGGUUAUGAAAACUAUUAUAGCAUGCAAGUAAAUAUUUACACACUGUAGUGGCAUCGAUCGUAUCAUUAGUUGAGGUAUUUGCAGCUCGUUUAUCUGGUUA